UCAUUGCGUGCACACGUUCUCUUAUCGUUCUCUUAUUGCUAUAUUGUUACAGCUAGUAAUAUAAAAUGGUAUCUUGUCCUAUUUGUUCUUUAACUGUGAAACGUAGUCAAUCUAACUUAACUUGUAAUAAUUGCAAACAUUUGUUUCAUCCCGAAUGUGUCUCUUUAAAAAAAGAAGAUGUAGAUUUUCUUACAAGUGCCAACAAACUGUGGACGUGUCAAAACUGUACCAAAUCAAUGAAGAUCCUUCAACAGUCUGACUUUUCAAACAGUCCAGUUUCCUCACAGUCCAGUGACAAGCAUUUUGAUUCUACUGAUUUAAAACGUAUAUUAAGUAGUUUGGAUGAUGUUCGAGCUGAGCAAUCAAAGCUUUUUGAUUUGGUUAACAAUCAAAGUAAGAAACUUGAUGUUCUUGAUAAUAAAUUUACAUGU